GCGGGGGCGAGGGCGAGUGCGCGUGCGCGGCUUGCGCGGGCGGGAGGCGCGGGAGGCACGGGAGCGCGCGUGCGCGCAGCCCAGCAGCCUGGGCGGUGGGUCUUGCUUGUGACGAGCGGCGGCGCGCGGUCCUGAUUGUGACAGCGGCGGCUGUUCCAGACACGGGCGGCGGCGUUGGCGGUGGCGGCAGCGUCGGCAGCGACCCCGCGGCGGUCGCGGAGAUGUGGCCCCUGGUGGUGGUGCUGCUGCUGAACUCAGCGUACUGCGGUUCGGCUCAGCUAAUAUUGAAUGUAACCAAAUUUGUAGAAUAUACCAAUUGCAAUACAACUGUUCUACUCCCAUGCAUUGUUUAUAACAUAGAGGCAACUGGCCUUGAGGAACUCUUUGUAAAGUGGAAAUUUGGAGGAAAAUACAUUUUUACCUAUGAUGGAGCUAAACGUGAGCCCAAACCCAACAUUAACUUUUCAAGUGCAAAAAUCUUUCCGGAUGAUUUACUAAAAGGCAAUGCCUCUUUGGAGAUGAAUAAGGAGCAUGCGAUUCCAGGAAACUACACCUGUGAAGUAACAGAAUUAAGCAGAGAAGGCGAUACCGUCGUAGAACUGAAAUACCGUCUUGUUUCAUGGUUUUCUCCAAAUGAAAAUAUCCUUAUUGUUAUUUUCCCAAUGUUGGCUAUACUUCUGUUCUGGGGACAGUUUGGUAUUGUGACACUUAAACUUAAUUCCAGUAUUAUGAAGGAGAAAACCAUUCUUUUGUUUGUUGCUGGACUGGUGCUCACUAUAGUUGUCAUUGUUGGAGCCAUUCUUUUCAUCCCAGGUGAAUAUUCAACAAAGAGGGCUAGUGGACUUGGUUUAAUCGUUGUUCCUACAGUGGUAUUAAUAUUACUUCAGUACGCUGUGUUUAUGAUAGCUCCAGCUAUCGGGAUGUCCUCCUUCAGCAUUGCCAUACUGAUCCUUCAGGUCCUGGGCUUCGUGCUCUCUGUGGUUGGACUAAGCCUCUGUGUCUCAGUGUGUGCCCCAGUGCACGGCCCUCUUCUGAUUUCAGGUUUGGGAAUUGUAGCUCUAGCAGAAUUACUUGGAUUAGUUUAUAUGAAAUUUACUGCUACCAAUCAGAGGACUAUACAGCCACCUAGGAAAGCUGUAGAGGAACCCCUUAAUGCAUUUAAAGAAUCAAAAGGAAUGAUGAACGAUGAGUAACUGAAGUGAUGGACUCUGAUUUGGAGAAUAGUAAGAUGUGAAAUGAAUACACUUGUGUUUAAGCACCAUGGCCUUGAUUCACUGUUCAAGAGAAGAAAACAAGAAAAGUAACUGGAGUUUUCACUUAUUGAAAGUAAAUCAUUGACCUUUAAAUGGUUGUUAAAGUUGAGUUUUUAUUCAAAGCAUUUUUAAUUUAGUUAAUAAAAGAGUUAUGAUCUGUGUUUUGUGCCCAAUUGAGAUCCAGUUUUUUUGUUGUGAUUUUUAUUCAGUUAGGGGCAAAAUUAGAGUUGGCAACUUCCAAGAAUGAUGCCUUUCAGGUCCUGCGACCUCUUGACUCUAGGUCACCAGAAGGGAAUUGGUUCAAGAAGAGAAUUACCUGGCACUAAUCUGGUGGUUACCCAGAGAUGUCUUUGAAUAAUAGUGGCUUCCGUGGAACCUUAGCAAACUCAGGUUCACAGCCACUUUGGCAGUUACGGUGUCAGCUGAAUAAUGUGUCUGCCAAUUCUGGGUCAAGGGAAUAGCAAAUUAAGUGCAGACAGGAGUUUGGGAACAUUUUGUAUUCUGCCUACAUGUGAUGUAAUGCCGAUGGAGAUUGUGGUCUUCAUUCUUGGGAUUGCCGUUCACACAUUCUUCCUUCAACAUACAGUGUAACAGAUCCUUUCCAGACUAAGGGUAAUUUUAUUGAUGUAUGUGUUUUUCUUUUAUUCACACAACCCUUUAAACCCUGUCUUGUCCUCCUGUUAUUUGCUUCUGCUGUACAAGAUACAGCACCUUUUCUCCUCUUUGAACGUGGUCCAGUGAUACAGUAGCGUCAUUGCAGAAAGGAGCCAGACUUGUUCUCAGAGAACUGUGUUCACACUUUUCAGCAAAAAUAGCGAUGGUUGUAACAUAUGCAUUCCCUUCCUUGGAUUUGAAGGCACAAUCUACAGUGUUUCUUCACUUCUUUUCUGAUCUGGGGCAUGAAAAACCAAGAUUGAGAUUUGAACUAUGAGUCUCCUGCAUGGCAACAUAAUGUGUGUCACCGUCAGGCCAUAGACCAGCCCUCGAAAGGGUGGUUUUAUUACUGUUGUAUCUAUGUUGCAUGAUAAACAUUCAUCAUCUUCCUCCUGUAGUCCUGCCUCGUACUCCCCUGACUCUAAGAUUGAAAAGUAAAACAAAACCCCCACAUUUCCUACCCCCAUUAGAAGAAAACUAACAUUCUGACAGUUGUGAUCGCCUGGAGUACUUUUAGACUAUUAGCACUCGUUUUCCUCCUUUGUGGGUAUGUGUUUGUAUGUGCACAUGUAUCAGAUAGGCACAUGCAUCUUCUGUAUGGACAACAGUGGGGUACCUACAGGAGAGCAAAUGCUAUUCAUGCUUUUAGCAAAAACAUUUAAAAACAAAGAUCUUUAUUGGGUGGGAUUAUAGUUGAUGCAAAUAUUUGAUCACGUAAAACUUUAAAAACUUCUAGGUAAUUUGCCAAGUUUUUUGACUGCUCACCAAUACCCUCUAAAAAUACUAGAGAUUCUUCCUCUUCGUGUAAUGAUAAGACAUUCACAUUUGUAGUUGUACUACUAAUAGUUAUUUCUUAGUCCACUGAAUGUUCCCAUGUGCCUCUUUUAUGCCAAAUUAAUUGUCAUAUUUCAUGUUGGGACCAAGUGGUUUGCCCAUGGCAAAUCUAACUUAUUUAUGACCUGCUGAUGCCUCUCAGAAAACUGAACACACUAUGAAAACAGCUCUUCUUGAAAAAAUAAAAUAAAAAUAAUUUUUUUCCUAGUUGUGAUUGCUGUCCAAAAUAUUAUCAUAUGUAGAGGGAGCUGUAUCCCUUUAUACAAAUCUCAUGGCUCCUGCUGCUCUUUUUCCUUCUGAAAAUAUUUAUAUUUUAGUAAUAUCAUUUGUUACUUUAGAAAUGAAUUUUGUUGAAAGGAGAAAAACGGAUGGACUUGACAAAGAUCCAAAUUCCUAUUCUGUAUUAAGAAAAAGUCAGGUGUGAAAAUCUUUCUAGUAAACUUUUUUAUAAACUAACAUUGUACCUUUUAAUAUCUGGUAAAUUCUCCUUUAUUUGGGGUUCAGUCUGGGAACUUAUCCAUCCUUUAUGUUAUCCAUAAUGCUGCCUAUUUUAUGAGGCAUUCACUGCCCUAGACAACGCAUAGAGAGAGAUAGCAGGAGAAAUGCCAGAGGAAAUCAACUCUUGCUCUUACUUGUCAGCUUGUCUGCAAAAGGGACCACGGCAGCAGGAGCCCUCUUGCUUGGGCAUCAUUGGGCCAGUUCAUUCUUUUUCAGUCAGAUUUGUAAUGGCUCUAAAUUUUCUGUCACACUUAAUUAAAAUGGCUAACAAUAUUUUGGGCAUCAUAUAUCUGUUUCCCUCCCCACCACCACCAUAAUCUGCUUUGUACUCACCCAGUUUUUACCAUUGACUCUUUGUUCGGUUUUAUUUAUUCUGUGUCCUUAGAGUGACACCAUUUGUCAGUUUUGCAACAACCUUUUCAACCUUUUUGGCCAAAUCAAAUUUUUCCUUUCCUUCAAAACAGUACCCUCCAGCCAGCACUUCCUCCUCCACUGGCUCCCUUUUGCAGUCUAUUCCCAUCUGUCUAGCUGCCCCUUUCAUCUUUCCAUACCUUUCCUAGUACUUCAUUUGUCUCUGCUUAUAUCUAUUGGUUUAUUUGUGUUGCUUCUUUCACUUGAUUUUAAAAUUUCUCCAUAGCAAGAGCUAUGUGUUUUCAUUCUCCCCGCAGUGUUUCACAUGCAGUAGAUACUGAGUAUGUGUUUGAUGAUUGAGAGUUGGCUGUAUGUAGGUAUCCCUCUGUUUUUCAUCGGGUAAGCUACAGAGUUUUGUUUUUUGACAAAUUUCACAUGCUCUGAAAAUCUUAAAAGAUGAUGAUUUGUCACUCGGAAACUCCAGGUCCAUUCUGUUUAAAUUUCUGAGAGUGUCAGAAUUAAAAUAAUGAGGCUAUCCCAUAAUUGGGAAUGUUGCUCUUUUCAGGAUGCUGUAGUCAAUUGAGUAAAUGACCAAAUAAAUUGUGGUUUGAGUUAAUAGAGCUCAAAAAGUGAUAAGUUUGCUCCUCCAUUUCCAUUUCAUUAAUAAGAAUUAAGCUCUAUAUCACCUUCUAGAUUUCUGUUGUACUAAAAUUGAUAUUCAAAAAUGGACAUCUGUGGUGUAUGUAUAGAAAUACAUACCCCUUUAUUUACCUGUCCUUGGAAACUACAGAAAUGAUUGCUGGGAAACCCUUUAUCUUUUUAUUGUAUUUGAUGGAGAGUAUGUUUAGAAAGAGUUUUACACGUGUCAUAUUUUCAAAACCACUAACUGACAUCAUCCACUGGGGACCUUUGUUAAGUCAUUUUCCAUGGCUAAUAGGUAUAAUCCAGGUAACUUUUAAGAGAUGAGCAGUGAACAAGAAGUUUUCCUGCCUUUGGUUUUUGACAGCUCUUACUUAUCAUUUAAGACCAGCUUUCCCAUAAAUUUAGCCUUUUGGGGAGAAAAAAAAGCGUUUGUAAUCAGCUUCUCUGUAAGGCAACCGCAGUGGAAUCUUAGAAGUGUUGUUAUCAGAGUUGGUGAGAGAGGGAAACAUUUUUGUUUUUAUUAAAUGGAGCAUUAUUUACAAAAAGCCAUUGUUGAGAAUUAGAUCCCACACCAGAUGAAUAUCCAUUAACCAUUCUAAGUAAAGAAAAGUCCAGUGUCGCUAUGUGCGAGAUCCUCUCUUAGGGGCUUCUUUCCGUAGCAAUUAAAGGUGUGCUAUUUGUCAGUAGCCAUUUUUUGCAGUGAUUUAAAGACCAAAGUUGUUUUACAGCUGUUACUGUUAAAGGUUUUUGUUUUGUUUUUAAUAUGUAUUAAAUCAAUUUAUCACUGUUUGAAGCUUUGAAUAUCUGCAAUCUUUGCCAAGGUACUUUUUUAUUUAAAAAACAUAACUUUGUAAAUAUUACCCUGUAAUAUUCUAUAUACUUAAUAAAACAUUUUAAGCUAU